AUGUCUACAACAAAAAUAAAUGAACUGCGUAGUGACAUCGAUGAACUUAAUGAAUUGUUAAAACAAGCUAAGCGCAAGAAAGUACAGGAUGUUCUCUCGCUAGAAAUACGCAAGCUGGAAACAGAAUUGAUUACUUUAAAUGAAAGUGCAAAGGAAACUCAUGUGGAAGCAUCCCCUGUUCCAACUACAUCCCAAACACCUAAACGCUAUCAAAUCAAAUUGAAUGGCUAUGGUUGGGACCAAUCAGAUAAAUUUAUUAAAGUGUUUGUAACUUUGAAGAAUGUACAAAAUGUGCCAAAGGAACAAGUAUACUGUAAACUGACAGAAAGGUCUAUGGAACUUCAUGUUGAAAAUUUGGAAAAUAAAGAUUAUGUGCUUGUCAUUAACAAACUUCUUAACUCCAUUAAUGUUAGUGAGAGUCAUUGGAAACAAAAGACAGACAUGGUAGUCAUCUUCCUUGCUAAAUCACAACCUAACACCAAGUGGUCUCACAUGACAGAAAUUGAGAAAAAGUUUGAAGAUCAGCGAAACAACAGAUUUAAGACAGAUGAUAUGGAUAAGAAAGAUCCACAAGAGUCUAUUAUGAGUCUCAUGAAGAAUAUGUAUGAAACUGGAGAUGAUGAGAUGAAGAGAAUGAUUUCUAAGGCUUGGUAUGAAGGUCAGCAAAAAAAGAAAACUGACACCUUGGAUCUA